GAGAGAUGCGUUAAGAAGAAAGACAGAUCUCUGUCUCUCCGUCUCUCUUCUUGAAAGCCUCUUCAUCUCUCUGUCUCUCUCUCUCUCUCUACUAGAAGAAGAAGAAGAAGGAAAGAGGGAAAAGCUUGGACUAAGGAUGGGGAGAGGGAAGAUAGAGAUCAAGAGGAUAGAGAAUGCCAACAACAGGCAGGUGACCUACUCAAAGAGAAGGAACGGGCUCGUCAAGAAGGCCAAGGAGAUCUCGGUCCUGUGUAAUGCUAAGGUGUCGUUGAUCAUCUUUGGUGGCUCCAAGAAGAUGCACGAAUAUUGCACCCCUUCCGCAAAGUUGACUGAUAUACUGGAUGAGUACCACAGGCAGUGUGGAAAGAGGCUGUGGGAUGCUAAGCAUGAGAAUCUCAACAGUGAAAUCGACAGAAUGAAGAAGGAGAACGACAAUCUGCAGAUCAAACUCAGGCACCUAAAUGGACAAGACAUAAAUUCCUUGAACCAUAAAGAGCUUAUUGUUCUAGAGGAUGUUCUUGAGAAUGGCGUCGCUUACGUCCGAGACCAAAAGAUGGAGGUCAUCAACUCACACAGGAGGAAUCACAAGAUGUUGGAGGAGGAGAACAAGGAGCUCAAUUACUAUUUGCAGCAACUCCAGGACUAUAAGUCUCACCAUCACAUGCCUUUCACCUUUCGCGUGCAGCCUCUUCAGCCUUAUUUACAGGAGAGGAUUUAGAGAAGAAUGUUGCCAAAUUGCAUUUUGGGGGUGAUUGGCCAUGGACCUAAUCGCUAUUUGAUUAUAGUAAUCUGAAGACUGUUGCACUUGAUUAGCUCUGUAUUGUUAAACUGCCACUAUAUAACUUGGCUUGGACAAUUGUAUCC